AUGGCAGUAACAUCCAAACCUACCCUUACAAUCACACACGUCACCACUGCAACUGCCAUUCUCAACAUUGAUGGAGUCAACUUCCUGACAGAUCCCUUCUUCGGAGCUAUCGAAGGGACAGAAUAUGAUUCCACCGCAGUCUGGGAACAAGUGGACCUGAAAAAGUUCGGUUUUGAAAGCAUUCCGCCACCACCACAUCUUAUCAACAAGCAAGGUCCAGCUCUUCAGCUCAAUGAACUGCCGCCUAUCGAUGCUGUGCUUCUUAGUCAUGAGGAUCACCUUGACAAUUUGGACCCAGAAGGCCGCAAGCUGCUGGAUGGUCGAAAGGUGUUUACCACCGUCGACGGUGCCACCAACUUGCGAAAAAUGUACAAAAUCACUGGUACCCCUUGCAAGCACUUCCCAAUUGGAGAAGUUACGGGCUUCGUCCUAGAGACCGAUUCGUUCGGCCUUGACUCAUCUGGCAAGCCUAACGCAAUCUAUUUCUCCGGGGAUACCGUGUAUAUUGACGAGCUGCGAGAGAUUGGAAAGAGAUGGCAUAUUACUGCAGCCAUUUUCAACCUGGGAAAUGCCACCUUUGACUUCCCAACUGGCCCCAUUCAGAUUACAAUGGACGGCAAACAAGCCGUUCAGCUCGCCCGUGAUAUCGGCGCCGAUGUCAUGGUCCCAAUUCAUUUUGAAUCGUGGGAACAUUUCAAGGAGGGCCGGGCGGAGUUGGAGGAGGUUUUCGCCCAAGAGGGAUUCUUGGACAAAGUGUGCUGGACAGUUCCUGGCAUUCCCAAGGUUGUUUUUUAA